GUACAUUUGCAUGCAGAGAUUAAGAAUAAGUAUAUUGCAUUCAUUCAUUUCUCGACUUCAUCAAGCAAGUCAUGACGAGUUUGUUCACUCACUCACUCAACAAUCUCUCAUAGUCAUUCCCCUGUUCCUUCUUUCCCUCCCUCCCCUUCCCUACACCUUCAUAAUAAUGCCUGCAUCAUCCUCUCUCUCUCUCUCUCUUCCUGCUCCUUUUUCUCGCUCCCUUUUUUCCUGCUUGCCAAACGUAAAGGUGACGCCUCUCUUCUGUACUACUCACCACCUCACCACCACCUUCCUUUUCUCUCAAAAAACAAAAAUCUCAUCUUUCCUCUUUAUGCUUUCACUUUCCUUCCUUGUUCUUCGUAUUUGAUUCAUUCAUUCCUUCUUUUCCCGCAAGGUCACCCCUGUUUUUGAUCUCACUCUGUUUUUUAAAACUUUUUUUUGGGGGUUUUUGGGAGCCAUGAAAGAGAGAAGAAGCAAAGGCGUUGAGGCUGCGGCUUACCAUCACGAUAAUGACUUGAUGGAUUAUCAGUAUUAUUCUACCUCUGAUCUUCCCUGUAAGAAGCAUCCCUCUUCUUCUUCGGGGGGUAUCUGCGCGUAUUGUCUCAAAGAUCGUUUGGUGAAGCUUGUGUGCUCUGAUUGUGGGGAACAAAGACUUUCCUCUUGCUCUUGCUCUGAGAUCUCUCCCAAUCGAAAUUCUUGUACUGUUGAGGUCGGAAGCGUCGGAAGAGUUUCCUUCCUGAUCGAGAACGAGAAGAACGAGACCUUGAUUCCGCAUUCUAAACCUAAAUUGCAGGAUAAAGCGGAUGAGUUCGUGAUUCUCAGGAGGAGCAGCAGUAACAGCGUCGACCUCAAGCGGAGUGGAAAGUUCUGGAGAAUCGGCAAAUUGUUCAGGAAGAAGAAAGAAAAGGACUGUGGAAGAAGCGUUAAUGGCGGAUUCGAUGAGAAGAGCGACACGUGGGCGGGCGAUCACGGAGGCGUCUCGAGGUCCAGAUCUCUCUGUAGUUUCAGAAACGGUGGAGUAUUCGGAUCCGAAGAUGGGGGCGAUUCGAUCUUAUCAGGAGCCCGGAGCUCCAUUUCUGCGGCGAGAAGCUCCGGCGUGAACGGCGGUCUGCUUCUGGAAUCUGGAAGAAGAAGCGGCUACAGUGAAGCAGAGCCUCGAAGGAGUGGGUACGACGGCGAGAAGAGAGAUUCAUUCAUGGAUGUUGAUGCAGGAUUCUAUGGGGUAAACAGACGCGUGUUUUCACUCAGAGAGAGCGAUUUCAAAGGCAUGGACGAGUCAAGAUUCAUAGAUUUGAAGCUCGAUUUUUCUUCAGAAUCCAAACCAGAGUAUCCAUCUGCAAAAUUGAGCGAUAGCCUAUCUGCAUUCGGGAGCACAAGGUGUGGGACUUUCAUGGGCAACGAUGGAGAUGGAGAUUUAAGCAGUGGAGGAUCAUGUAGGAUCACUGUAAAUGACAGAGGAAUCAAGAGAGGAAGAAGAAGCAUGAAGAGUUGGAGGUGGAUUUUCAGGCACCAUGGAAGUAAUGGGAAGAAAAAAGAUGAACAAGAUCUGAUGUUCAAAACUUGAAACAGAGUAUCAAUCAAACAAUCAAACCCAUCUUCUUCUUCCUUUGUAGUUUUUGAUUAGAUUAGCUUUUAGUCUGUGCUUUAAAUUCUCCUCAGUUGUAGUUUUAUCACUUAGUCAUAUUAAAUUACCUCUAUUUCUCUCUUGUAAUAAUGCUUACUGGUAAAUGCUUAAUUCAAGGAGCUCAAUAC